CCUCAACAUCACCAGUGUGGACAUAUAAUGCUGAAGUUCUGGCAACAUAUAAACAGAGGAAAUGUCUCUUCCACUGCUACAAGAAGUAAACAUCCCAACAUAUGUUAACUCCAUUUCAAUCAAUGAAACUAGCAGAAAAUCAUGCAAUCUAGAACACUUUGCUUUGACAUUUCUUGAACAACCCAUGCCAGGUAGAAAAGAGAGAUCAAGACAUUCAGAAUUACAAAUCACAGUUCCUAGGCAAGCCAAUGAAAAAAUAGAAGAAGGUAAUAAGCCAGCUCGUAUGUGGAUAAGACUCUUUAAAUUUUUUUUCAAAUGGCCAUCCAUUUACCUAACUUUCCAAAUACAGGCUCCAUCUAGACAUCCUUAUUAUUCCCAAAUCCAUCCUACAGAGGCAGAAACUAAGAAGUUCUCAAAUGAUAUAAAAGCAGCUUUGAGGAAAGACUCCAAGAAAAAAACAAAUCCACAUAUGACAAAUCCAGAAUCCAAAAAAAUAGUAAAAGAUGAUAAACCUCAAAGAAGAAAUAAAGGAGAUAAAAUUCCAUCAGAAUCCUUAAAGGAAAGUGAACAGAUUAAGAUGUCAAAGUCCAAAUCAAAAACAAUUCCAGUAUCCAAAUAUUCUAAAAUGGUGUCAAACACUGUUUCAAAAUGUAAGACAAAUUCGGAGAAUUCCAAGGAGUCAAAUACAGAUUCCAUAUGUAGAAAGAGCAAUAUCAAUAAAGAUUCUAAGACCUCUAAGAAAAAUUCUGAUAUCCAAUCAGAGACUUAUUCAAUAAAUAGUUCAAAUGUCGGUUUAAUAAUAUAUUUAGAAGAGUCUGUUGCUGAAUCCAUGGAUUUUGACAUAUGGUUAAAGAAUUACUCACACAACAAUAAGAAGACGCCUGCAAAGAAAGACACAAAGAAGAGCUCAGAUGCUGAAUCUGGAGACUCAAAGGAUGCAAAUAAAGGUGCAAAGAAGGAUCAGAAACCUUCAAAGAAAGAUGACAAGAAAAAAGAUGCAAAAAAGGACACAGAAUCUACUGAUGCUGAAUCUGGAGAGUCAAAGGAUGCAAAGAAAGGUGCAAAGAAGGAUCAGAAACCUUCAAAGAAAGAUGACAAAAAGAAAGAUGCAAGAAAGGAGGCAGAAUCUACAGAUGCUGAAUCUGGAGAAUCAAAGGAUACAAAAAAGAAUACAAAAAAAGAUAAGAAAUCUUCAAAGAAAGAUAGCAAGAAGAAAGAUGAAAAAAAUGGCACUGUUCCUACUGAUUCUGAAUCUGAAUUAGAGUCAAAGAAGGGUAAGAAAGAUGACCAAAAAGAAAAGAAAGAUUCUAAAAAAAAAUCCAUCAAGAAAGACACAGCUUCUUCUGGUCCUGAGUCUGCAUCUGAAGGAGAUUCAAAAAAGGGUAAGAAAGCUGAUAAAAGAAAGGAUGCAAAAAAAGACGCAGAGUCUACUGAAAUUGAGUCUGACUUGGGGUCAAAGAAGGGUAAGAAGGAGUCAAAGAAGGAGAAUAAAGGUUUAAUGAAAAAGGCCAAGAAGGAACCAAAGAAGGACACAGAAUCUAUUGAUGCUGAAUCUGAUGUCACUAUAAAGCUCAAGCAAAAAAAGAGAUUUGAUGAUUCAGACGCCAGAUCUACAGAUUCAAAGAAGGGAGUAUGUGAAAUAAAGAGAGGAUUUAGAAUGUCAUUUAAAAAUGAAUUCAGUGAAAAAGGAAAAAGACCAAGUACAGGUAGAGUUCCUCCAUCAAGAGAAAGUCCACCACUCUCUCCUUGUGAAGCUUUUCUACCGUUACCUAGGAUCAAAUGUCUCUGUCAGUGCAGAAUGCCACCUCCACCUCCAAAACCAAGAUAUGCUCCUUUGUGUAACUUAGCAUUUUGGACCAUCUUGCCUUCUGCUUUGCACACUUUACUGAAUGGCUUUGAACAAGAAGAUAAAUAUGGGGUAAAAUUUUCUCAUGGAAGACUCCGCUCCCUGUGCCAACUGAAAUGGCCAGCCUUUGGGGUGGGACGGCCAGCCAAAGGGACUUUUGACCCCAGUAUUUGCCGGGUGGUUUGGAGCAAGGUCACCAGUCACCCUGGCCACCCAGACCAAUUUCCCUACAUAGACAUCUGGGUUCAGGCUUUUGAGGAACCUCCGGCUUGGCUGCAGCACUGUUCCCUUCUAACAGGCACUCACAUUUUAGUCGCUGCCCCAAAAAGACUCCGGGGACUUAAGACCUGGACUCCCAAGCCAGUACUCUCACAGGAACCUGACCCCUUAGACCCCUUGGGAGGGCCUCCACCCUAUGUGGAAUCCUCUACCUCCUCAGAUGGAUCCCGCUCUAAACCCUGA